GCGAGAACAGAACGGGAUCAAAGUCAAGCAAAACCCAUUGGGUAGUCGCCGCGACUUUUCCCCUCAAAUUGCCCAGAAGCUAUCCUUCUUCCUCAUCCUAUAUAAGAAGGGUUCCCUUCCCUACUUGUUUCUCAUUCCAAGUUCAAAUUUCUGCAUUGAACUCUUCAACUAGUAGCCAUGGCAAGCCAAGGUCUCACACCAGCCCUGCUUCUCUUCCUAACCCUCAUGGUACUCUCCCAAGUGGGAACCUCUCUCGCCGGCGGAAUCGCCAUUUACUGGGGCCAGAACGGAAACGAAGGAACCUUAACAAGCACUUGUGCCACAGGAAACUAUGCUUACGUCAACAUAGCUUUCCUCUACAUCUUCGGUAACGGCCAGACCCCUCAAAUUGACCUCGCUGGUCACUGCACCGCCUCCUCCGGUGGCUGCACGUCCGUCAGUACCGAUAUCACUAACUGCCAAAACAGUGGAAUCAAGGUUAUGCUCUCAAUCGGAGGUGCCUCCGGUAGUUACUCCCUUUCCUCCACUGCAGAUGCUCAGAGCGUUGCUGACUACCUCUGGAACAACUUCCUCGGGGGGAGUUCAUCGUCGAGACCACUCGGUGAUGCUGUUUUGGACGGCAUAGAUUUCGACAUUGAGUCCGGGUCAAAUCAGUACUAUGAUGAUCUCGCGAGGUCUCUCUCUGCGUAUAGUAACCAAGGGAAGAAGGUGUACUUGACGGCAGCUCCACAAUGCAUCUACCCUGAUAAUUAUCUGAACACUGCACUUAGUACUGGGCUUUUCGAUUAUGUUUGGGUUCAGUUCUAUAAUAAUCCUUCUUGCGAGUACAGCUCAGGGGAUGUUACCAAUCUUCUGAAUUCAUGGUCGACAUGGACGUCGUCGGUGACGGCGAACCAGAUAUUUAUGGGGUUACCGGCGUCUUCAGAGGCGGCAGGAAGUGGGUUCGUUCCUGCUGAUGUUUUGAAUUCUCAGGUGCUGCCAGUGAUCAAGAGUUCUUCUAAUUAUGGAGGUGUGAUGCUUUGGAACAAGUACUAUGAUGAUCAGAGUGGAUACAGUUCUUCUAUUAAGAGCAAUGUCUGAAUAAAACUGUAGGCAAAUCAUAACUAAUAUAUGAUUUAUAAAGUCUAAAUAAAAUAAAAUAAACUUGGCUGUUUCAACUUUCAAUUACAACUAUGUAUCCUUUAUCAUUUCUAAAAAAAGUUUAUAUAAUUAAUAAUUUUGUUCUUUAUA